AUGGUGGGACUCAAGGAGAGCGCCUCAGCUCCUGUUAAUUAUCCGGUAUCUGGAGGGAUGACUUUACCACUGGCUGAGGAGGAAUUGGCUUGCAGCACCCCGGGGCGUUGGUCCCAGGCCCUCUGCCUGUUUGGGCCGGCCCUGGUGGGGUCACUCCUGUGCACCCCAGCCUCCGAAGGCCGGCCACCUCCAAGCCUAGCAAAAGCCCCAGGCCUGACGCAGGGUCCUUCCCUCCACCGCUUCUGGCGCCACCCUGGCCCCACUUUGGCCUGUGGCUGGGUCCUUGAAGGGGUCCUGGUCUCAGCUGAUCCCACAGUAGUCUUCUCUCCUGCCCUAGGGACCAGCCUCAGCACCGCGGGUACCUUGCAGGACCAGGUUACAGCAGAGUGGCCACAGCAGCCGGGGAGCCUGCAGCCCACCACCCAGGAGGUGACUGAGGACCCCUCACUCGCCUCCACCCGUGAUGCCCCAGCGGCUCCUACGUCAGCAGGUCUGCCUGGGUCCUCCACAUUCACCUGGUCUCGCGGCUCCGAGCCUCUGGGGAGCUCUUUAGGGCCUGAAGAAAGAACUUUGGCCGCACCAGUCUCAGGGAACCCAGCAGAGUCCCAAGGAGCAACUGCGCACCCUGCGUCAGCAGCCCCGAGCCAGGCAGCCCCGAGCCAGACAGCUGUGACAAGAGUAGACAGUUGCACCGAUAGAGACAUAGUUACUGCCACUCGGGUCCAACAUUUAAGCUCAUCUAGCCACCCAGAAUCUAAAGAAAAAACAUCAGCACCAGAAUCAGGUGCUUACUCUUUUGGAAUCCUGAAAGCAGAUUUUGCCAUUUCAAUUUCGAUAGACCAAGAAGAGAUGAAAGACCAAUUUUUGAGAGAGAUUCAAGAAGUCUUAAAACUUAUGUUAGGUAACCAGCAAUUCAGAUUGAAAUGGGUCGGUUUUGAAGUGAACAAAAAGCAGCACAAGUCUACUAAUUAGCAGUUUCCUUUUAAGCAGUUUUCUCUGGAUUUUCAGUGAAUUUGAGUUUUUUAAUUUCCAGAAGAACACUAUUAGAAAUAACUCAGAAAAUGUGAAGAGACAUAGACCUAAAACUUACACAAAAGAAAACUACAUAUGAAACCCUCGCCUUGGAUUUUAUAGAAUGAAUUAGGUAAACAGAGAAGAUGGAAGUAUUUGGGAACAAUAACCUUGAGAAUGACACAAAGAAGGACAAAAAGCCUGAAUCAAACAAAAAUCUUGAAAAUAAAUUCCAUUAAUCUCUUUGGGGAAUAUAAGAGAAAAUAGUAGUGAUUUCAGCAGGAACUGGAAGAAACCAUUAGCCAUAAACUAUAAAAAAAAAAUUCAAAAUUUUUCAGAAUGAAGAGCUCUCUAACAUAAUACAAACAUGUUAAUGUCA